CAGGCCGCAAGGGGUCGCAAAGUGAACACUGAGCACUGAGCAGAAGUGAGUGGAGCGCAGCUGGGUCGAGCUGGGUGCAGUGGAAGUGUCGUAUCUACCCCAUUGCGAUUUCUUAGUGGGUUAGGUCAAGCGCAGCUCGGCUCUUGUUGGUCGGCGACUCCGCGCGUAGUCUUAGCUGUUACAUGUGGUACAAAGUGACAUUCGGAAUUGGCGACGCAAGUGUGAGUUAUCACAUCCAAAAUUUGUAAACAGUGAAACUGUCUCACUAAUGAAAGGCAUUGCCCUGUUGAUAGACGUGUGGUGUUUCUGUAAAAUUUCAAGAUUGAAGAAAGGCACCUGCAAAGUGCAUUCAUGAAUGUUCUGUGAAGAAGUCGAACAAUGAAUCACCACCCCAGGGUAAACUACAAGCUGUCAGUAUUAUUACAACAUAUACUUGACGAAGACAAGUUGUUGGACAUUCAUGAAAAAACUUCCUUGGUGUUCCUUAUGUGUGAUGACCCUUUUAAGGCCCAUUGUAUCUUGGCAAACAAUAUAUUUCAGAGCGAGAAAUACAGUAGGAUACUCCCUGAUUUAGUUGGACAUCUGAAGCAAACUGGACAGGAAAUAAUUGAUAAAUUUUUAGAAUCCUUCAUUUUAAUAAAAAAUUAUCAAGUUGUUAAACAUUUAGGUCUUGAUAUUAAUCAUUUGAAAGAAAUGUUUCAAGAAAAUGAAAACAAACAGUAUGUAAACAGUGUGAGAAAAGCUCUGCUAAGAAUGUGUGAGAGCUUGUCUGAUGAUGAACUUACUCAAUUAACACGCUUGAUCGAGAAAGAUUUAAAUGAUGAACGUAGCAGUUUAGGUCUCCAUAAAACUAAUCUAAUGGAAUUCAUUCUCCUCUAUUUGAUUUGUAAGGAUUAUAUUUCUGAUGGGACUAAAGAUAAAGAAUCUAAUGUAAACAAUUUGAUUAGACAUUUAAAUAAAAUGAACAAACAUGAUUUGGCUAGGGAACUGCAGAAAGUUAACAAGGCACGUUUUGUUGAUGAAGAAAAUGAACUGUCCGUAAUGUGUCCUGAUAAUGAUUUCUUGGAAAAAAAUUAUUCUCAUAAUUUUGCUCCAAAACCUUAUGUAUCAUCUGAUACAGAGUGUUAUAAAAUGGAUAAAAAUAAUAUGGGUUUGUGUGUAGUCUUCAACCAAAGGGAUUUUUGUGAAGAACAAUGCUUGGCUAAUGGUGUUGAACAGUUGAGUACUCGCACAGGGACAGAUUGUGAUAAAGAAAUGUUGAAUAUUACUUUCACAGGAUUAGGCUUUGAAACUAUUAUUUAUGAAAAUCUUCCUAGUGAUGCGUUGCUUAAGAGUUUGAAAGAGAUCGUUCAGCAAAAAGUCCUGAAUAAACAUUCUUCUUUUGUUUUGUGUAUUUUAUCACAUGGAAAACGUGAUGAAAUUUAUUGUGUUGAUGGAAUUCCUGUAAAUGUUGAAGAGAUAGAGAAACUGAUCUUAGGGGAUCAGUGUCCCCAACUUCUGGGGAAACCAAAAUUAAUUUUUAUUCAAGCGUGUCAGGGAAGUGAAUUCCAAAAAGGUACUCUGCCAUGUAAUUUAAACACUCAUCAAGAUAACAGUGAAGAUGAUUGCAAAAUGCCAGAAUGUGAUGGCCCAAAAAAUUUGGUGUGUGAAAAAAAAAUUCCUCCUACAGCUGACAUGCUUACAUUUUGGGCAACUGUACCUGGUUAUGCAACAUAUCGACACCGUCAGACAGGUACAAUUUUUGUGCAAACCUUAUGUGCGUGCUUGCUGAAACAUGGCCAAUUCACCAAACACUUCGAAGAUAUAGUUACACUUGUAAAUAAUCAACUAAGUAAGAUGCAGUUCGGCAAUGAAGGUUAUGUGUCAAUGUCUCAAGUUGCAGAAUUGAAGAAAGAAUUGAAGGCCAGGGGACUGAGUACAACUGGAAAUAAAAAUGAUUUAAUGGAACGAUUGCACCUAUCCAUGCAAGGAGAGGGUGCCCUAAUGAUGGAAUCUGAACUAGGAACUGCAGAUUCUGAAGAAAUUUUGGAUGAAGAUGAAGUUUUAGCGGGAGAAGAAGUUCUGGAUGAUGACAUAGGAGAUAUAUCGGGGAAAACUGAUGACAUUAUUCCAAACUUGGGUGAUCCAGAAGAAAAGGUUAAAGAAGAAGAAGAAGAAAACGAUGAAAAAUCUCAUCAACCCCCAAAAAAGAUUGUUCUGAAUAGAAAUAUCAUUGUUUCUGGGAAGGAAAAUCAGAAAGAGCCAGAAGAAUCAAAUAAACAAGAAAACUCGGAGAAAAAAAUAAUAAAAAUAUCUGCACUCACUGCAAAAGAGCGUUUAGAGAUGCGAGCUCAGAAAUUUGGUGUCCCCUUAUCAGUGGACGCUAAGAAGGAAGCUAGAGCAGCAAGAUUUGGCAUUACUGCUCCUACUACUACUUCUACUACUACUACAUCUCCGACCCCAAAUCUAGACCUGCUUAAGCAACGUGCUGAGAGAUUUGGCUCUUCAGUAUCCAGUACUUUGUCAAAGGUAGAACAAGCUGAGAAACUAAAGAAACGUCAGGAACGUUUUGGUUUAGUUGAAGCGGCUCCUCCUGCCAAGAAGUCAAAUUUAUCUCUUGACGAAAAAAAGAGAUUACGAGCAGAGCGGUUCAAAAUAAACAAAUAAUUUUAUUUUGUUGUGUUUUAUAAAUCUGUAAAUAUAUUUGAUACAGCAUAGAGUGGACCAGAGUUUGUAUGUUUAUGUGCAGUUCAGAAAUUGUGACUCUUGAAGGUGAACAUAUUUUACAAAAGGACCAAAGUACAAGAAGGAAUGUGGAACAACUGUUAUUGUUCUUUUACAUGUCAGAAAAGAUAAAUGUGUUUUGUGAAUAAAUGUUAUUUUAUUCUUUCAGUUUACAGCGUGUGUUUUAUUAAAUCCAUGUUGAUUAUUGCUUCCUAUUUCACUUUAUGUGAUUAUUGAAAAAAAAAUCGAUCAUUAUUGAAUAUGAGUAAUUGAAAAAUAUGUUUUAUUCAGCAAUGCUUUACUGGAAAAUAAUAAGUGUAUUUAAUGAAAUUAUGUUUUUAUUCUUGAUAUAAACAAAUAUAGUCAUGCUGUGUUAAUUCAUUGAUAAAUAUAAAUAUUUUCCAGUUUUAAUUUCAGGCAAAAUAAGAUAAAUUACUCUAGCCAUGGAGUGUAUGUACAUACAUACAUACAUACAUAUACAUACAUGUGCGCACGCACACACCCACACUAACAUGCACUUUUUUUAAAGUAUCUCUCCUACUAACAAAUUUUAUUUUUAAUUAUUAGUUGUUGUAAACCAUUUACAUUUUGUAAAUGAAGAGUGAAAAAAAUGUGAACAAUUUAUUAUUUCAUGUCCUUUUUUUCAAAAUUCAUGAAAAGAAAUCGUAACUGGUAAUUUAAUGGAUGAAAUGCUUGAAGGUAAAUGAAGACUACAUUUAUAAACCUGAAGCAAUUAGUAUAAUUAACUGCUGUGUUUGUCAAAGGAAUUAGACAAAAAUUAGUUAAUGAAUAAACAGUUUGAUCAUAUUCAUCUUUGAUAAUGCAUCUUACACAUUUUGUGAACUUGUCAGUAAGUGAUCCCAUAUUUAGUUGCCAGUGAAGGCUGUUGCUUUAUGAUGACAACUUGGCAGACAAUGGUGAUAUAUCUGGUUGAUCCUUUCUUAUUCUUACGUUCUAUCUUGUCUGACAUUCUCAUUCCAACAUUGGUCCAUCUUUAAAUUUUCACAGCUUUGCUUACACACAUCUAUUGAAACAAACAAGCAUGCUUGUGAAUGAAGUGUUUGCAUUGAUUUAUAUUUGACAUUUACUGUAAACUUUGUAAUGUAGGUAUUGUAAGCAUUAAAAUAUGUAGUGGCUUGUUGUGUCAAAGCAUGCUACAAUUGAAAAUGGCUGGAGAAGUGGCAAUAUACAAGUUAAUUAUAGGUAUUUGAAAGAAAAGGAUUUGGAAAUCCAAUUUAACGAUACCAAAUGACAAAUAAUGUAGAAAGAAAAAAACUGCUUGGUUUACAACAAUAUACAAUUGAGGUUGUGACAGAACCUGUUUUAUUGUGAAUCAUUCACUAAGAAUAAGUUCUUAGCCUGUGUUUGUGUUGAAAAGUAUUGUAUACAAAGAAAAGAAGUAUAUUGUUUUGUCAAAAGUCUAAUAAACAAUUUUCAUC